AUGCCUAUCUGGGACAACGACACCCGCUAUCCCGCCCCCGAAGCCUUCGAGCUCCCCCCCUUCAUCCACGGCGUACCCACCCAGGCGCAGCUGGACGCCCAACCCCGUCUCUUCACCUUUGGCGAGCUCAAGGAAAUCAUCCAAAAGGGCGAGCUGGAGCACCUGUCCCGGAACAAGCAAAUCCAGGCAAAGUAUGAGGGGUGGAUGAAGAAGCAGAAGGACGUGUGGGGCUCGUCUGAAAACUAUCUCAUCAACGCCCGCCUGCCAUGGGGCGAAGCAAACCGGAACCGACUCGGAGCAGAGGUAGCUCCAGAACCGACAUAUGACCAGCGAACCGUCAUGUCCCAUCCCGAAAUCGACCUCGUACCCUCGACCCGGCCGCGCGGAGACGGGGUCACUCCAAAGCAUAGGCGGUUAAUUUCCUCCGAAGCUGGGGCGGGAGCUGCUGCUGUCGCGCAGCACGCUCUUGGCAUUGCGCCGGGAUUCGGCGGCCUUAGUCCUUGUACGACGGCUUCGGCGACCGGGGGAUGUUCACAUAUGGCCACCGCGCCUAUUUCCCGUGCAUCUCCGGCUGCAAGUGGCGCCACAAGUGGAGCGAGCACCCCAAGUUCAGUGGCGUACGUCAGCCUCGACAGUGUGCUGCCCAAGGUCAACAGGCGACUUGAGAGGGCUCGGCGGCGCGAACAGGCCCUGGCGAGCGACGAUAGCGCGUCCUCUGAAGAGCCCGAGGAAGAAGACGAGCCCGACAUUUUCCUCAAGUACGAUCCGAAUUCUGGAUUGGACGGGACAAAGUAUGCUCUCCUCCCCAACGACUGGCCGUACUGCGUGCCCUAUGGGGUACGGCACUACUGUCUGUGGUCGCGCGUUCCGAUCGCCCAUCCCGUGCUGGUGGACUACGACCGUGGGGCGUGGGAGAAGAUUGAGGCUGAGGGGUUGGGCGGGUUCACAGGUGUCACUCCGGCUUUUCCGGCCUCGCCACCUGCCCGGAACCAGCUGCCGACCCCCAGCCCCAGUCCGGACGAGGAGGAGCCUGUCGGUCGCGCUGGGCCAACCGAGGCUGGAGAGGGGGGAUGGUACGCCGUCGACGUUGGAUAUGGCGGUCCCGAGAUCCGCCGCUGGGCCGGCAUCGAGUACGAGGCAAAGGGCGGACACGAGGUCUCCAACAUGGUUCGGGGGCUGUUCGACCCGCGCGGAUGGGAGACGAUAUGGUUCGUCAACCCGCCCCGCCUUCAGAGCGUACCCGGCUACGCGCAUUUCCACAUCUUUGCGCGCCGCAAGACGCCGCCCGAGAUCGAUAUUGGUGAGAAGGUGUGGGACGACAAGGGGGCCAAGCUUGCCUGA